CACACACACAGACCAUCGUCUAUCAUGCACCUAUCGCCUGCGGAACUUCAGCCUUUCUCGCGCCAAUCCAUACUUCCUCUUUCUCUUUCGACGCACUGACGGCUGCUCCUCAUGCCACAUUAGAUUUUUAUACCCGCCGUCUGCCCAUGAGCCAUACACUGCCUGACCAGCAGCACCAAAAGCAGCACUGUGGCUGAACACAUGGACCAGAACAGUCCCAUUCGGCACCAUUGAUGGUGUCUCGGUGGUCGAGGUUGUCGUGUUUGCGCCUCCCCCCGAUUUGAUUUCCUCCCCCUCGUUCUCUUGUUCCUCCUCAUCGGCAAUGUCUCUCUCGGUGGGUACGGGGCAGAGCCCAUAGGUCACCUCAGCGGCCCUGAAGUUGCCGCCAGCCUCCAUUAUUCUCGAUGACGAGUAGAGUCUGCACUCGAUGGUGAGCAGGCCGCUGUCUGGUGUGUGUUCGGGGUAGUCGAAGAAGACCUCAUAGCAGCGGACCGUCUUGCCCAGCAGCUGCUGCAUCCGGACCAUGCGCAUCCUGAGACACUCAGACAUAAAGAGACACACAGACAGGCCAUCCAAUUGGACAGAUCCAUGUCUCAUCCGUCGAAUCGACCACCUGCAGAGUAUGUCAGCAAUGGGGUCGUGUGUGUUCUUGACGUGUCUGUUCAUGGAGGCCACGUCGACGAGAUGCACG